ACAACACAUUAUUCGCAUAAACUCAACACCCCACUUCCCUUCUUUGCUUCCCUGCUUCCUUCUUUUUCUCCUCUCAACAAAACAAACUAACAAACAAACUUGUUAUUCUCUCUCAAAAAGCAACACAAUUCAGAAUGAGAACAAUCAUCAACCUCUGUAAAUUACUAAGCUUCUUAAUCUUAGCACAAAAUUCACCCACUCCUAUUGUCGUUCCCUCAUAAAACAACCCAUUUCUUUCUUCACACGCUUCAAGUUCAAUCUGUUUGAGCUUCUGAAAGCAAAUUAGGGUUUUUCUUCUUAUUCUUUAAUUUUUUAUUAUUUUCGGGAGGAAUUGGUGGAUUAUCAUGCCGCCGGCUCUGAUGAACCCGCUGAUGCCGCCGCCGCCACCUCCGUCGGUGUCGGUGUCCGCGCCGCCGGAGCUUGAAGGCUCCGACGAUGCUUCCGGGAGAUCGGUGACUCAAAAUAGGCGAUUCGGUGAUCUGAGAGGGUUGCAGUGGCGUGUUGAUCUUGGGGUUUUGCCUUCAGAGUCUUCAACUUCCAUUGAUGAUCUUCGUAGGGUCACCGCUAACUGUAGAAGGAGGUAUGCGAAUCUGAGAAGGCGUCUUCUGGUUGAACCGCAUAUCCCGAAGGAUGGAAGUAACUCACCCGAUCUUACCAUGGAUAAUCCACUUUCACAAAAUCCAGAUAGUACAUGGAGUCGCUUUUUCCGCAAUGCGGAGCUAGAGAGAAUGGUUGAUCAGGAUUUAUCACGUUUAUAUCCAGAACAUGGGAAUUAUUUCCAGACACCAGGAUGUCAAGGCAUUUUAAGACGCAUUUUAUUACUUUGGUGUCUCAGGCACCCAGAAUGUGGUUAUAGACAAGGAAUGCACGAGUUACUUGCUCCUCUGCUUUAUGUUCUCCAAGUUGAUGUGGAGCGUCUUUCAGAAGUUCGAAAGCUUUAUGAAGAUAUCUUCACCGACAAAUUUGAUGGCCUUCUAUAUCAGGAGAAUGAUCUUUCUUACAGCUUUGAUUUUAGAAAAUCUCAAGACUUGCUGGAGGAUGAAAUCGGCUCUCAUGGAAAUGCAAAAGUCAAAAGUCUUGAUGAGCUUGAUCCUGCAUUACAGACCAUUGUAUUGCUGAGUGAUGCUUAUGGAGCUGAAGGUGAACUGGGCAUUGUUUUAUCUGAGAAAUUCAUGGAACAUGAUGCUUAUUGCAUGUUUGAUGCUUUAAUGAGUGGUGUCCGUGGUUCAGUUGCGAUGGCCGAUUUCUUCUCUUCCUUCCCUGUAGCAGGGUCGCAAACUGGCCUGCCUCCUGUUAUUGAAGCUUCUACUGCAUUGUAUCAUUUGCUGUGUCUUGUGGAUUCAUCUCUGUAUAGCCAUCUUUUGGAUCUUGGUGUUGAACCCCAAUACUUUUCUCUCCGAUGGUUGCGAGUUCUAUUCGGACGUGAGUUUUCACUUGACAAUCUAUUGAUAAUCUGGGAUGAGAUCUUUGCAUCGGAUAAUAGUAAAGUUGAAAAAAGUGUUGAUGACAACAUAGACUGGGGUUUGAGGAUUUUGCAUUCUCCUCGUGGAGCAUUUAUUGCAGCUAUGGCUGUUGCAAUGCUACUUCAUUUAAGAUCUUCACUGCUUGCUACCGAAAAUCCUACCACCUGUCUUCAGAGAUUAUUAAACUUUCCUGAAAACAUUAAUAUUAAAAAGCUGCUGGAGAAGGCCAAAUCAUUGCAAGCUCGUGCACUAAGUGUUGAUAUUUCUUCUCCAUCACCUUUGAUUAUAGGAUAUCAUCUCCAAAGUAAAUCAGUUAUGACGCGAUCUCAGACCCUUCCUUCUGAAACUGUGUCUCCAAAAACUCCUGUAAAUUUGUUAACUGACAGCUACUGGGAAGAAAAAUGGAGGGUUGCACAUGAGGCUGAAGAACUUAAGCAAGAUGGUAUCGAACAACAGAUUCCGACUCGGAAAAAGGGCUGGACAGAAAAGGUAAAAAACACACUGAGAAGAGCGGGAUCUGAUCCACCACCUUCAAGGAUUAAGAAUGGCAAAAGGGAAUCUAAGGUGGUUAGGCGAAACAUAUUGGAAGCGCUUCAUAAGGCACUUGGACCUGAGGAAGAAGCAGAACAAAUGGAUUGCCAUGAAAUCCUAUGCAAGCAGGAAAAUCUUUCUGAAGCAGCUGAAGGUGUGCAGCAAAAUGAUAACUCUAAAGGCGACAACAGUUACUCAUCUGAUGAUAGAUGUCCAAGUGGAAAUACAGGGAUAGAGGAAAGCUCCUCUGUAUAUUCUGACUCAACUAGCCCGCCUAAUGAGGCAAAUGAUCAUGAAAUUACCUCGCAGGGAAGUAGUGUUGCCUCUAAUUUAUAUCUUGACGAAUGCGAUGAAACUGCAGAUACCAGUCUCAGUGAUCCACCUCUUCCAGUCUCUGAUCAUCCUGAGAGCAUACCUGAAACAUCAGAGUCCACUGAUGUUGAUGUUGAUAAAUCUGAGAACAUACCUCAGAUGUCAGGGUGCAAUAAUAAUGAUCCAGGAAAUUCUGCUACACAUCCCAAGGAGAAAAAGCAGAAUAAAUUUCAGUGGUUUUGGAAGUUUGGACGGAAUACCGUUGAGGGUAUAUCAGGGAAAGUAGGAGCUGCUUCUGAACCUACAAAAUCCACCAGCAGCUGUAGUAACCAAAGUAAUUCGCAACCACCUGUCUCUUCUACCACCAGUGAGCAUAUCACUUCUGUUAGUAGCAAAGGAGAUUCUGUAGACCAGAAUGUGAUGGGCACUUUGAAGAAUAUUGGACAGUCUAUGCUUGACCAUAUCCAGGUAAUUGAAUCUGUUUUCCAACAAGACAGGAACCAGGGAGUCUCAGUGGAGAACUUAUCUAAAAAUAUUCUUGUUGGCAAAGGGCAGGUUACUGCCAUGGCAGCUCUCAAGGAGCUUCGGAAGAUUAGCAAUAUUCUGUCUGAGAUGUGAGGUGAACCUUGCAAUUGUUAUAUGUACAUAUAGUUUCUGUAAUUACAAUUCUUUAGUUCCAAUAAGAUGAGCUUCUUAUGUUAGUGUUCACUUGUAGUAUCCACCAAAGUUUUGCAGAUGUUCCAAGAGAUGAAUAUGUAAAUACAUUUAUCCGGUCACAUAAUAAAUUAUCAUUAUUGUUGUA